UUGGGAUGGUGUUUGCCUUUUGAGCCCCUCUGAAAGGGUAGUGCUUAUAUCUUUAGCCCAAGUGCAAAUAGAUCUUGUGGACGAGAGUGUCUUACCCAAGUGUGUCUCUAAGGCCUGUUGAAGCUCAUGAUCUUGUGUUUCAUCCUAACCCUGAGUCUAACACUAGCAUAUCACAGCUGAAGACCAUUGAUUCUGGUCUUUACCGUUUGAGGGAAAAAAAUCAGACUUUAGAAAUUUGGUAAAUUAGAAAUGGCAGACACACCUGGAACUGUGACAGCUACAGAUGAACCCAAUGCCUUGAAUGUCCUCUCUCUGCUGGAACGUGUGGCUGGGAUCAUUGACAAUGUGCAGACAUGCCAGCAACGCAUGGAAGAGAGGCAGCUGGAGCUGGAGAAUAAUGUGAGGAGUAUCCAGGCAGAUGUAAUAAAGCUAACUAAGGAGCACACUACUGCAAGUGAAACUGUGGAAAAGCUAUUAGAGAAAACACGAAAGGUCAGCUGCCACAUCAAGGAUGUUCGUGUUCGUAUAGAAAAGCAAAAUGUACGUGUUAAGAAGGUAGAAGAGACCCAGGCUGAGCUGCUAAACAAGAACAAGUUUCGUGUAGUAAUCUACCAGGGUGAUCAUGAAGUUCCUGCUGUAGCAGCCCCAAAGGGAUGUGCAGAAGGAGCAAUAGGGGGUGGGGUGCCCCUGGACCCAGCUGCACCUGAUAUUACAAUUCCUGACUCAGAUGAGGAAUACAUGGUCGUUGAAGAAGCUGACUCCACAGCAGCCAAGCUUAAAAAGUCUGGCCUGAAACGCAUUGAAAGUCUGAAGAAUACCUUUUCUCGUGAAAAUGUUACCAAGACCAAGGAGAAUUUAGGCACCAAGGUAAAUAAGCUAAGUGAGCGGAUUGUGUCAGCUGAGCGCCGUGAGAAGAUUCGCCUGUCAGGUGAACGUCUGAAACAGUCUGGGGAGCGCCUCAAGGAGACCAUUGCCAAGAAUGUUCCAGCAAAGCUCAAUCCAAGGAAGGAGAGAACUGUGGCUGAGGGUCAGGAAGGGGCAGAGGGGACCACAGAGGCUGUAGCGCCCAUUCCUCCCCCCAAAGGCCGUAAACUUAGUCCAGAUUUGGCUAAUACAGAGCCCUUACCUAAGCAGGUAGAAGCAGAAAAGGGCAAAGCAGAGGAGACAGAAGUGCCCAUGUUUGACAUGAAGCAGCUUUCAUAAGAAGCAAUUCAUGUGAUUUAAGACUAUUUUCAGAUUGGCUAACUUUUGAAACACUAAGUUAUAGGCAAGAAAGCUAAUAAAAAAGUUUGGAGCAUAAUGUGGCAAGAAAUUGGUCAGUCAGAAAUAUUGUUGGAUUAUUUUUAAAAAGUCUUUAACACAAAGAAGCAGGUUUUGCGCUUUGAAUGGACUCAGAAAUGUAAAUUAUUAAUAUUUUAUUAAUAAGAUGGUAUAAGUCAGAGGAAAUGAAUAAAUUGUGGAAAUUUUUAAGAAUGUAGGGUUGUUUUUAAGCUGUAUUCCACUGUUAUACAAAUACAUUUGCAUGCAAAAUUCAUGUACUUGUUUUUGGCAAUAUUAUGUUCAUGCAGUUAUCUUUUACUUUUUUUCAUCUGAUACAGCCCCUUUGAAUAACCAAACCUUAUUCAGAUGGUUUAAAGAAUCUA